UGCUUUACUUGGUGCUUUUUAUUCAUUCUUCUUGAGUACUCAUAAUAACCUUAAAAUAAGUGGAAGUUAGCCCGAUUUUAUAGAUAAAGAAUCUGAGUCUCAGAGAAGUUAAAUGAUUUCAAAAGCUUCAUAGUAAGAGUGAUAGUGAGCCCAAAUUUGAAUCUAUGUCUGACUUCAAUGUCCAUUCUCUUACUACUGUACACUUAAAUAGAACUCUGAUCCCAGCACUUCACUUUUAAAUGUUUGUAAUAAUCCGCUGCUCGAAUCUAUAUUGAGUAAUGUAAUCCCUUUGUGGUGCGUAGAAGCAGAAAAAAAAUAAAAACCUUACUCUUAAGCAUAUACACAAAACCCAUAUGAAAGUUUUUUCCCCCUCAAAUCACCUAUUAGUUUAUACUGAGUCAACAUCAGUUGAGUUCCAACAAAUUAUUCCUCUGGUUUUCCUCCAUUCUCCUCCCCUCCCUUUCUUGCUCUCUCCUCAGGGUCCAAUGCUUCUGGCUAAUAGUUUGUUCUGUCUUAUUAAUAAUUGGGGGGAGGAGAGGGAGGGCUUACACGUUUCUCCUGCCCGGUGCAUAGGAAUAAGGAAUAAGCCCCUCACUGUUCAAGCUCAAUGAAACAUCUACAAGAUAGUUUUCUUACUAAUAUUGAUCACACUCUUAAGAAAUUAUGCUAUUAUGCUAUGUUAUGUUAUGCUAUUCGACUCUUCCGCGCCUUACAAAAUUGCCCUUUCUUGUAGAGACAGUGGGCCCAUACAGUGGUGAAAUGUCACAGUAAUUUGGUAGGUGAGCUGUCAAUAUUUGACUGUCGAGUGCUUAGUAUAUGCUUGGCACCAUGCAGAUAAAGCGCUUUAUAAACAUCCCCACCCUUCCCAAAGCCUUAUUAGAUUUUUCAUUUACAUAUCUAUUAUCUCCAUUUUUUUAAAAGAUAAAACAAAAGAAGCUACUUGCUGAAUGUCACAGAUAAAUGGCAGAGCAAAUCCAAGUCUGAAUCGUAAGCCCACACUCUUAACCAUUUCAUCCUUACAAGAGUGUAUUUUAAUAUAUAAAACAGUAUGUUCCUUCUGCCUAACAGUAUGUGUUCUUUUUUCUGCUGUUGUAUCCACUGUUAGGCCACUGGUUUUAAAGCAUGCUAUUUACCACCAAUGUGGCUAAGCCUUCACAUCUGUCACCUCUGCUAAAGAAUGAACUAUGGUGGCUGAGGCGUCACAGUGCUAACUGAGCCCAGGAAAUGUGGCAAAGCCCCCUUGAGGAAAGCAUCAAGCCGACUCCCUCCUUCACAUAGGCCCCACAAUCGUGCCGACUUCGGAAAGCAGUUUCUAGGAGACGGAGGGAUUCAGCGGCAGCUACUGGAGGGGAAUGAAUUUACCGAGGGACGUGGGGAAGGGCUCGCGGUUUGCGCUCCAUCGACAAUUCCCGGAAAGUCCUGACCUGUUUUCUAUCUUCACGAGCUAGUGGACCGCGCUAGCCCCAACUGUCAAAAUAGCGGGGCUUUCAGCUGAGGGGGCAGAAGGACAGCCCCCUCGCCCAACCAAGAAGCUGAGCUGCCCGGAUUUCCGGCCUCCCCGCGUUUUCCGCUUCCGGCCAUGCCGCGCCCCGCCCCGCCCCUCCUGGCUGUCCUGAUGUUCUGAGAACGGCCCGAACCCGGAGGGCUAUGGCUGCUGCCGGGUCUGUGAAGGCGGCGUUACAGGUCGCGGAGGUGCUGGAAACCAUCGUGAGCUGCUGUGUGGGGCCCGAGGGUCGUCAAGUUCUGUGUACGAAGCCCACCGGUGAGGUGCUGCUCAGCCGGGAUGGAGGCCGCCUCCUGGAGGCGCUACACUUAGAGCAUCCCUUAGCCAGGAUGAUGGUGGCCUGUGUUUCCAGUCAUCUAAGAAAAACAGGAGAUGGUGCUAAGACAUUUAUUAUCUUUCUUUGCCAUUUGCUCAGAGGACUUAAUGCUGUCACCCACAAAGAAAAAGAUUCUUUCGUUUCCAAAAAUAUUCAAACCCAUGGAAGACAUUGGAAAAAUUGUUGUCAGUGGAAAUUUAUUUCCCAAGCUCUUCUAACAUUUCAGACACAAAUAUUAGACUAUGUUAUGGACCAACACUUAAGUAGACACUUUUUGUCCAUCUUUUCUUCAUCCACUAAAGAGAGAACAUUGUGCAGGAGCUCUUUAGAGUUGCUGUUAGAGGCAUACUUUUGUGGAAGAGUGGGAAGAAAUAAUCACAACUUUAUUUCACAAUUGAUGUGUGACUUCUUUUUCAAGUGUAUGCCUUGUGAAAGUGAGUUUGAAGAAGUAUUUGAAUUAGUGGAUGACUGUUUUGUAGAGUUGAAUGUUGGUGUAACUGGCCUUCCUGUUUCAGAUUCCAGGAUCAUUGCCGGGCUUGUGCUUCACAGAGACUUUUCUGUAUACUGUCCAGCAGAUGGUGACAUAAGAAUAGUGCUAGUAACAGAAACUAUUCAGCCUCUCUUUUCAACUUCUGGGACAGAGUUUAUUCUAAAUUCAGAGGCACAGUUUCAGACAUCUCAGUUUUGGAUUAUGGAAAGGACAAAAGCAAUAAUGAAACAUUUACAGAGUCAGAAUAUAAAAUUGCUGCUAUCUAGUGUGAAACAACCAGACUUAGUUGUUUAUUAUGCAGGACUGAAUAGCAUAUCAGUGGUAGAGUGUUUAUCAUCCGAUGAAAUUUCUCUUAUUCAGAGGAUCACUGGUCUUUCUCCCUUUAUGCUACCACAGGCCUCUUCACAGUGUGAAAUCUCGAACACUGCUUUGGUGAAAUUUUGUGAGCCCCUUAUCCUUAGAUCUAAAAGGUAUGUUCAUCUUGGCUUGAUUAGCACAUGUCCGUUUAUACCACACUGUUUAGUUCUUUGUGGACCAGUGCAGGGUCUUGUUAAACAACAUGAGGAUGCUUUACAUGGAGCAUUUAAAAUGCUCCGGCAGUUAUUUAAAGACCUUGAUCUAAAUUAUAUGACACAAGUUAGUGACCAAAAUUUUAUAUCUAGUCCUAUUUACAAGAAUACAACAGAAAGUAGUCAGUUACCAGAAAUUGUUAAUGGCUCAAUACAAAGGCCAUAUCAGGGCACUAUUGUAAAGAACAAAGAUGAACUGGAAAAAAUUCAAAUAUAUGUAAAAGUAUAUUCCAAUUUGGUAGUUCCAAGUGUAGAAUUAGAAACACAUGGUCCGUGUUCAACACCAAAAGUGACACCAACAGAUACACACCAGACAGAUGAAACACUGAGAUGUUUAUCUCCAAAGAAAACCAGGGUAAUUGAUGACCAUGAUCCAUUUAUUGAGAGUAAUUCUACUAAUUCAACAAGAGAAAACUCUAGAAUAGAAAUUUCUUAUGAAAAUUUACAGGCCACAAAAAUUGCUGGAAACGGGGAUAUGUUACCAGUGAGAUAUAAGUCACUGGAGAUGGGUCCUUCCCAGAAUUACUGUUUCUCAUCUAUACCAGCAGGUUGUGUUUUGCCAGUGGGUGGUAAUUUUGAGAUUUUGUUACAUUACUAUCUUCUCAUCUAUGCCAAAAAAUGCCAGCAGUCAGAAGCAGCCAUGGUUGGUAUGAUAAUAGCUAAUGCACUUUUAGGCAUUCCUAAAAUCCUGUAUAAGUCAAAGAAAGGAAUUCACAGCUUUCCACAAAUAUAUAUAAGAGCUCUUCAUUCACUGCAAACCAAUCAACCCAUGGUAAGUAGUCAGACAGGUUUGGAAUCAGUAUCUGGUAAGUACCAGUUACUGACUUCAGUUCUUCAGUGUUUGACAAAAAUUUUAACCAUUGAUUUGGUAAUCAAUAUUAAGAGACAACCUCAGGAAACUUAUGAUCUAGAUUCAGAAGAGGAACUAUAAAAUUGGAAUAUUUUUAUUAAUCUAAGUUACACUCCAACUCAAGACAUAAAGGAAAGCAGUUAUGUGACCGCUGCUUCUCAAGUCCAUUCAAUGUAGUUAGGAAAACAGCCUAAUUUAAAAAGUCAUCAGAAGAAGUACACUAAGAGGCCGCAGACAUUCCGACACAAGUAUUAGACUGUGUUAUGGAACAGUUCUGAGGAGGAAGCCUUCCCGAUGAGGGAAGCCAAGAUCUGACUAAGUGUGUUCGUGCCCCUCAAUGUCCCUGUGUCUCACCUCUGUGUGUGUUUGUGGUAGGGUGUUUCUUUAAAGAUCCUUUUUUUUUACUUUUCUGUAUCCUUUCACUCUCUUCAUCUUUACUCCCUUACCUUUCUGUAUUUAGUUCAUAGAAUCAUUUAAUCUCAGAUUUGGGUGGGGUCUGGAAAUCCCAUCCUAUUAAUUGUCUAUAAUACAAAACAUAUUAUUUGCUUCAUUUAAAAUAAUUUAUUUCCCCUACUCAUCAUUUCUAAAGCAAUGAGUAAAAAGUCAAUUUUUUUCCCUCAAAAAGCAUAUAAAUAAAAUUGGUUUUUACUUUAUCUGACCCUUAUUUCCAUUUCAUGUGGAAAAACCUGAAGGGAUUCUCAGCAUCCAUACUCUAUUGAAGAUAUGUUACCAAAAAUAUGAUUUGGUGCAUUGUGAACUUAUUUUCAUUUCUGUAGUUAAAAGUUAAUUCCAAAAAGGAUAUGAAAUUCAUACUUCAAUUUUCUCUUGGCCCCUAAGAGCUUGUAAAAGUAAUUCAUGUAUUUGCUGGUUUAUUCUUGUAUUUGGUGCAUAGCCAGAAUUCAAUAGUAACAAAUAAUUUGAAUGUGAACUUCAAAAUGUUUGUAUUUUAUUUUAAAGGUUUAUAAAUGCAAAUAGUACUUUGCAUCUACCCACAGAUAAUUUUAUUUUUGUAAGGUUUAUGUCAUAUGAUAACAUUAAUUUCUGUGACUAUGGAGAAAAUAAUUACCUGAAUUGAAUUCUAAUAUGAAUUCAUAGAUACGUGAACCUACUGGAAAAUUGCUGUAUAAUUUUUUCCAUUUACUUUUUUUUAAUUGCCUGUCAGGUCAUUUGAUAGUUUUGCUUUAUUUUUGUUGUUGUUUUUUUAAAUACCCCUCCAUCACUGAAGGCAUUUGAAGACUUUUGCAGACAUGCCCAGUGACUUGUAGGUGUUUUGUGGCUAUAAAUUAUCACUGGGUCAAGAGUCCCUUUGUAAGCUGGGACUGAGUCUGUAUGUUUGGCACCUGGUCUAAUAUCUGGCACACAAUAGUAGCCAAUAAAUGUUUGUU